AUAAAAUAACAAUAACAACAAUAAACCAAACUCGUCCUUUCUUUCUAAGCAGACCCCUUUGCGGAAGAAUACUGUAAGCUCCGGCGAUUCUCCUGCGGUGGCUCCGAUUCUCCAUCUCCGAUUGUUUUCUUCUUAAUUAUUGUGGGAAGUUAGUGAAGAUGAACAAUCCAUCUGCUGGGUCGUCCUCAAAGCAAAGAACUGGAUCGUCUCAGCCCUCUGAAACCUCUUUUAAGCGCAAAAGAGGGGUUUUUCAGAAAGAAUUGCAGCAUAUGAUGUAUGGUUUUGGAGAUGACCCUAAUCCCCUUCCAGAGUCUGUAGCACUUAUGGAGGACAUAGUUGUGGAAUACAUCACUGAGCUGGUGUAUAAAGCCCAGGAAAUUGGAUCGAAGAGGGGAAAACUAUCUGUGGAAGACUUUUUGUAUUUAAUACGCAAGGAUCCACGCAAACUGAACCGCUCUACUGAACUAUUGUCAAUGAACGAAGAGCUGAAACAGGCAAGGAGAGCUUUUGAGAUAGAUGAAGAUAAGCUGAAAAAGGCUUUUGAAGAGGAAGACAAGAUGGAUCAGUGAUCGUAGGAAGAAGAUAUUUUGGAGGUCAUUUGUUGCUGUAGAGACAAAGUUCGUCCCAAUAUGGUUUCUUGUCAUGUUAAAAGUCAACCAACAGGUCUUUGAACUCUGUCUUUGUCAACCUUUUCCUGUAGCUCAAAGGCUCCAUGGUAGACAGGGGAAAAUAGAGCAAUUAGCUUGAUAUGGGUUAUUUUGUUUUUUUUUUUUUUGCUUCAUGGCAAUUAAUGUACAUUAAUUCCCUUCCUCUUAGCCCUAUUGUACUUAUAGAGGUGGAGGCUUCCCUAUUGUACACACACUCCUUUUGGAAUUAAUGAAAUAAAUACCUCUCUUAAACGUUUCUA